CUUUGCUGCUGCUGCUGCUGCUGCUGCUGCAGGCUUCUCGCCCUAUCCAUAAGGUUGAGUUAGCCAAGGUGGAGGAUGGGAGCAGCAUGGAACUGUCCCAGCUCCUCAAUGAGAUCAGGGCAAACUAUGAAACGCUCAUCACCAGAAGUCAGAUAGAGACCAUCCUCUCAGCAGGGACCCAGGUAAUGAUUAUAUACAGAAAGGCACCUACCCGAAUAAGGAGGCAAUCCAAUGUGUACUCAGUUCCUCUCUCAGCCUCUGUGAGCUAGAAGAAGCCACUAGUGAAAGAAUGAGCAAAGACGAGGAAGCGCUAAAAGCAGCCAGGGCAGAGCUAAAUGAAGCAAGACGCCAGUGGCACCAUAUGCAGAUGGAAAUUGAUUCUCUCCAUGCUGUGGAAAAGGGUCUGGAAAAUGCUCUGCGCACCACAGAACAGCGGUACCAGACACAACUGAAGCACCUGGAAGCAGAGAUUGAAGGCCUGGAGAGAGAGCUACACAAAGUGCGGCAAGGGAUUGAAAAGCAGCUGCAGCAACACGAAAUAUUACUAAACACUAAGAUGAGGCUUGAGCAAGAAAUAGCUACGUACCGCAGUCUGCUGGAGAGGGAGGAGAAGAGGUUUUAUCGCUCUGCGUGCCAAGACAGAAAAGGUGACAAAAAGCGCACCACUAGCCAAAUAGCGUUUAUCUUACCUUCAUCAAGUGAGCUAAAGGCGCACGAGAUUGAAAAAGUGGAAAUACUGACAAAGCAAGCAGUCUUAAAUGGAAACGUUGCAAAAGAGAGCGCAGAGGCUUGUGGAACGAUACAGACGGAGAAAGUAGAUGAAGUGAUUAAAGAAUGGGAAGGCUCUUUCUUUAAAGACAACCCUCGCUUAAGGAAAAAAUCAGUUUCUUUGCGGUUUGAUCUCCACUUGGCAGCCACAGAUGAAGGUUGCUUACAGACUAAACAGAAAGGCUUGCCUGAUAUCGAAGUGAGAUUGGUUAUGAGGCGCUCUUGCAGUAUCCCAUCCAUCAAAACCUAAAUCUGCAUCACACUUACCCAAAGAUUAUUCAUGGAUGGGUUUCAGAAAUAAAUGGCAGUAUGGACCCAGGUGGACCACA